UUUGAAAAGAAAAGCAUAGUAGUGUGACUGUCCAUUUUUCUUCACCAUGCAUGUUCGAGGAAACUGUUACCUUCAUCGAUAUCUCACUUGUUUUGCUUCAUCACUUUCACAAGAUUGUGCAUUUGUGGAGCUCUAUAUAAAGAGCUGCCGCCAUAGCCAAAGGAAAUCAUAAAAAUGGAGCUCGGAUUUCAAUCACUAGCUGCUGCCACUUUAGCAUUCGUGGCGCUGAUUUACACUUGGAAGAUACUGAAUUGGGCAUACAUCAAGCCGAAGAAGCUGGAGAAAGCCCUCAGGAAGCAGGGGCUAAGGGGAAAUCCUUACAGAUUGAUGUAUGGCGACUUAAAGGAGCUUAUGCAGUCGAUCAUCGAAGCUAAGUCUUCUCCAAUUAAUCUCCACGAUGAUAUCAAGCCCAGACUCCAAUCAUUUUUCCUCAAUAUCCUUCAAAAAUACGGAAAUGAGUGUUUCUUUUGGCUAGGGCCGAAUCCCUCAGUUAUUUUAAUGGAUUCUGAGCUAAUUAAGGAGGUGUUGAACAAGAGUUAUGUAUACCUGAAGCCAGAGCUCCCGAAUCCAUUAAUGAAGCUGCUUGCACAAGGAGUUCUCAGUGAAGAAAAAGAGAAAUGGGCAAAACACAGGAAGAUCAUCAAUCCUGCUUUCCAUAUUGAUAAACUCAAGCUUAUGAUCCCUGCCUUUAAUUUGAGCUGUGAAGAAGUCUUGACUAGAUGGGAGGAGAAGGCUGUCUCGGGUGAGGUGGAAGUGUGGCCGGAUCUGCAGAGCUUAACGAGCGAUGCAAUUUCAAGGACUGCGUUCGGGAGCAGCUACCGAGAAGGUAGAAGGAUAUUCCAGCUUCAGAAAGAGCAGGGAGAGUUCGUGAUGCAGGCUUCGCAGUCUGUAUAUAUCCCGGGAUGGAGAUUUGUUCCGACCAAGAAGAAUAGGAGAAUGAAGGAGACGGAGAGAGAAGUCCAGUCGAUGAUCCGGGGUCUCAUCAACAGGAGGAUCGAGUCGAUGAAAACAGAGGAAGCCAGCAGCCGUGGCGACUUGCUUGGGAUAUUGCUGGAGUCCAACUUUCAAGAGGGUGGCAACGGGAUGAGCAUAGCCGAGAUAGUCGAGGAGUGCAAGCUCUUCUACUCUGCAGGCCAGGAGACGACCUCCGUGUGGCUCGUGUGGGUGAUGGUGAUGCUGAGCACACAUCCCGACUGGCAGGCCAAAGCCCGGGAAGAGGUCUUGCACGUCUUUGGUGACAGGAAACCGGACUUUGCUGGCUUGAGUCGCCUCAAAAUUGUGACCAUGAUUCUGAACGAGGUUCUGAGGUUUUACCCGCCUAUACCGGCGAUGGCGCGGAGAGUGGGCGAGGAGACGAAGUUGGGCAAGAUGAGGCUGCCGGCUGGGGUGCAGAUAUACCUUCCGGUCCUGAUAUUGCAUCACGACCGGGGGAUAUGGGGGGACGACGCGGAGGAGUUCAACCCGGAGAGGUUUAGCGAAGGAGUGGCGAAGGCGCAGAAGGGGGGGCAGGGGAUAUUCUUCCCGUUCGGGUGGGGGCCGCGCAUAUGCGUGGGGCAAAUGUUUGCGAUGCUGGAGGCGAAGGCGGCCGUGGCGAUGAUUCUGCAGCGCUUUUCGUUCGAGCUUUCGCCCUCGUAUACGCACGCUCCUUUCACCACUUUUGUUACUACUCAGCCUCAGCAUGGAGCUCACCUUAUGCUGCACAAGCUCUAGCUUCUUUUACCAUCCAUUUGUCUGUAAAUAUAUCAGUUUACUGUUUGAGUGGAGUAUAGUAAUAAUAAAAUGAAAAGGAUAAUAGAGGAAUGAAUUGGCCAUAUAAUUAUGAA